UUAUCCUUUCAGAGCAGCGGAUAAGCCUCUUACCUAGUCGAUAAGAACUGGUGCCAACAUCGGAAUCGAUCCUGCGCAUUCAUCGCAUUGCAUCAUCGAGCGGGAAUGUGCGUUGGACCCCUGUUUCAUGUCUUGUGCCGCAGAGCUCUCUCCUCGGUUUCUAAAACAUGGUGCCAGACAGUUGGGUUCACUGCAAGUUUAACACUCGGUUCUUUGCUCUUAGCCCCUCACUUCUUUUUCCUUCCUCCCAAAAUAAACCAUCAAGCGUCCAUCCCGUGUCUCCCCAACGCCCUUGCCUUUCUUGGUGAACGCGUUGAGUGCCCCUCCUCAAGCAGCUACCCCGCAAAAGUGGUCGACCGCGCCCCUCCUUCAGCGACCAGAGCAGCCAAGGAACGUGCCCGAGCUGCCCCCCCCAAACCCAACCUUAAGAGUUGGAACACGGACAAAGAGUUUCAGGUUUCGGCUUCUUUUUAAAGACCAACUACCACCACCAUGGCGUCCGAGGGUAGCGAGGCCAAGUCGUACUCGACCGACCCCGCACUGUACAUCUACACCUCGUUGACGGCGGGUUCCUCCCACAUCGUCACCGCGACCUCGCGUCUCGAGACCAUCUUGCGCGCCAACCGCGUGCCGUUCAAGGCCCUCGAUAUUGCCACCGAUGACAAGGCCCGCAUGCUAUGGGGUCGCCGCGCCGGGAAGGAUGAGAGCGGCCGCCAGCGCAAGCUCCCGGGACUUGUACAGAUGGGCGUGAUUUUGGGAGACCUCGUCGAGAUCGAAGAAUGGAACGAGUACGGCGAGCUCAAGCAGCACGUGACCAUGUACUACGACGAGUUCACCCAGCCCUCCGUCAGCCAGAAGCCCAAGCAGCCCGCCCCCGCAGCACCCAAAGCACCACCCGCCCCGGCACCCAAGACCACCGUCGAGCGGGUCGCCGCCGUCUCGGAAGCCGCCGCCAAGGCCACCCUCCCCGUGCGCACCAUCGCCGAGGAGGUGGCCGCCAAGGCCACCCUCCCCGUGCGCACCAUCGCCGAGGAGGUGGCCGCCAAGGCCAAGCAAGUGCACCUGCAGUCGCUCCGCGACAAGGUCCACGGCAAGGGCAGCGGCAGCAGCAACCCCUCCUCCCCGACCAGCCCCACGACAACGACAGCCAAAGCCUCCUCCCCCACCUCUCCCGCGACAGCACCAGCAGCAGCAGGCCUGCAGUCGCCGACCUCGUCCGGGUGGAAGGCGCCGAGCGGGACCGCCUCGAUCCAGUCGCCUACCACGACGGGCUGGAAGCCGCAGGACGUGGACCCGCCCGUGCGGGAGAUACGCGGGGCAGCGGUGGCGCCGGCUAGUGCGGCGGAGAUUGCGGCUGUGGAGCGCGCGGAGACGAUCCGUGAGGUGCCUGGGCGGGAGGGGGCUGAGGAGGAGGAGGAGGAUAGUGAUGAGGAUGAGGAUGAUGAGGAGGAUGAUGAUGAGGAGGAUGACGAUGACGACGAGGAUGACGAUGAGGAGGAGGAGGAGGAGAGCGAGGAAGAUAGUGAUGAAGAGGAGGAGGAGGAGCCGGUGGCGAAGGCUGCGGGCAAGGUUGUGGAGGCUAAGAAGGCUGAGGAGGUUAAGAAGCCUGGGGUGGCCAAGAAGCCUGUGGAGGUUAAGAAGACCGAGGAAGCCAAGAAGGCCAGGGAAGCCAAGAAGGCCAAGGAGGUGAAGAAAGCCAAGGAGGUCAAGAAAUCCGGGGAUGUCAAGAAGACUAAGGAGGUCAAGAAGGCAGGGGAUGUGAAGAAGACGAGGGAGGUGAAGAAGACCGAGGAUGCUAAGAAGGCUACCGAGGCCAAGAAAACUUCGGCCGUGAAGAAGGGGACGGGGAAAUAGGGAAGAGGUUUGUAGCAUAUGGUCUGGGUAGGGUUGCGUUGUGUUGAUAGCGUUUAUGCCGGCGGGUUUGGGGCGGCGGUAUCGUAGAUUCUACUGAUCGAAUGCGAAGUUGAUUGUCAACAAACAUGGCACCGUUUCGA